AUGGGUUGCUGUUCAAGUUCUGCUUUGGAAAAAGUAAACAUUUCCUUGGAUGAAGGCAUUUACGUUAAAACUCCCGAACGUACUGCAUCAAGACGCAGUUUAGCUAGCCGCAUAAGUUCUGGUUCCAGUGGUGUAUUUUCCAAUUAUACAUCUCCUAGCAGAAAAAGCAUUUCUUCCAGUCGCUCUAAUGGAUCAAAAUUAAAUAUUUCACCAAGUCUUAAACCUAAAGGGAUUAAUUUCAAUGAAGAACCAAAAGUGGAAAGUCCAAAAUUGUCUGCAUGCGAUGAUUUUGUUGAUGUUCGUGUAUUGGAUUUAGAUAAAUCAUUUGGUUAUUUUUCGGAUACAAAUAAUACUGAUAGCAGCUUGAGGCAUCUACCAAAUUGUGAGCCAUUCAAUGAUUUAGAAAUGGAAAUGUACAUGGUGACACAUGCGGACUUUAUGAUGCCUAAAACUUCUUCACCGAUAUUUAAUAAGCGUGAAAUAGGUUAUGCCAUGCCGUCAUUAAUUGAAGCUUCACCUGCAUCACAAUCAUAUCAAAAAUGGAGAAACUAUUUACAAAGAACACCAACAUAUCUAUCGCAAAAUAUUACUAACAUUCCAGAAGCUAUUGCUGGACUAUUCUGCCCACAAGAUUUUCCUGCAUUUACCGAAUUGGAUGAUAUGGAAAGACCAGCAAAACGUUAUAAAGUUGAUAACGGAGAAGAAAUAAUUUUUGAAAAUUUUAAAGAAAUCGUAUCGACAGAUCUGUAA